AUGUUACUAACACUCGGCACACACUGCAUACCGCUAGCCGGUUCCGGUUUGCGUGCGGUGGUACCGGAACUGCUGUUACGCGCCACGUACCAUCGCUCGCUGUACCGACUGUCCGGUAGCUGGAUCGGUCGUGGUGUGCGUAAUCUACCCGGCACAUCGGCGAGUUGCUCGUACGAUGUUCCGGACCGGGCCGACGGACGGAAGCAUACAACCGGCCGGCUUGUUUCUGCGCCAGCCACCAACUACCAGCGGCGCUACACGUCCAACCUGAAGAAGAAGCAACCCCGCGUAAUCGCCGUCAAAUCGGUCGAAGGGUCGGAACUGUUGCAGAACGUGCUGCAAAAGAACAAACAGCUGCUGCAGGAGAAGCGUGACGUGCUGGUGCGGGAUAUACGCGAGCGCAAGGACAAGGUGAAGGAGCGCGUCGAGGAGGUGAUCGAGCGGGAAAAUGUUGCUACCGUACCGAACCUGCUGUGCAUCGGGCGUAUCGUUGCUUCGCCCUACCUUGGCUACGUGAUCGUGCAGGGUGAAUUCCGGCUCGCGAUGGGUAUGCUCAUCGUGGCCGGUUUGACCGACCUUGCCGAUGGGCUGAUUGCGCGGCAUUGGCCCAGCCAGGCCAGCCGACUCGGUUCCUUUCUCGAUCCGAUGGCGGACAAGGUGCUGGUCGGAUCGCUCGUCGUUGCGAUGUGCUACAUCGAUCUCCUGCCCCUCUGGCUUACCGCCAUGAUACUCUUCCGCGACGUGUUUCUGAUCGGGGCCGGAUUUGUCAUCCGCUACAUCAGCCUCCCGCAACCGCGCACCCUUUCGCGGUACUUUGACGUCACGCACGCUACCGCCCAGCUCGCGCCUACGUUUGUCAGCAAGCUCAACACUGCCGUACAGCUGGUCACCGUUGCUGCCACGCUAGGUGCACCGAUCUUCAGCUACGUUGACCAUCCGUACCUGCACGGGUUGUGGUAUCUGACCGGGUUUACCACCGUGGCAGCCGCCGUUAGCUACCUCACCAGCAAGGACACGUACCAAAUAUUGCGCAAAAAAUCGUAGUCGCG